AUGGCGUCGCGCUGGUUCACAUUAGCGCUCCUCCUCUCGCCCGCGCUGGCUAUCAAGAACGACUUUAGCUUCUACCCGGCCGGCGCACAAAAAUGUCUUUACAAAAAUGCCGACGAUGCCUCGUGCACCGGCGCCGACGCGAAGGAGAUCAACUACUGUCUAUGCGGUCUGGGCAAUUACAACAAUGACUUCAUCCUCGGCUCUGCGCGAUGCAUUGGACAGGAUUCGCCCAACGACAUUGACAAGACGUACGAUAUGAUGAAGGAGGCCUGCAGCAACUCCGACACGCCCAUGAAGACGACGAAAAAGGACUUCCAACAAGCUGCACACGAUGGAGAGACGACUACGAGCGCGACUGGCACAGCGACCAGUACUGCUGCUACCACGUCUGACACCGCGGCUUCUUCGACAACGGAUGCUUCGAAUGCAGAUGAAGACACGGGACUUUCAACAGGCGCGACAAUCGGUGUUGCUGUCAGCGCGGCAGCAGGUGGUGCAGCAGUCGUCGGCAUGGCUAUCUGGCUACUCCUACGACGCCGCAAGAAGAACGUCGAAGAAUCACACCCGAUGCUCCCCAAUUACGAAUCCAACAACUCACCCUACCCACCUGUGGAGCCCAAGGCCGCAUGGGGCACCACGCCUGGAUCAGGAUGGCAGACCCCCGACCCGAACACAUCAGGAUACUACGCACAACCAAAGCAGCACGCGGGUCCCGUGGAGCUACCACCCGACAACCUCGUAGCUGCGCCGGCGCCUAUCUUCGAGAUGGACGGUACUUCUUCAGCAGCUAUCGAGAUGCCUGGUUCAACACCUAUCGACCACAACAACCGUGCUAGCGAUGAGCUCAGCAGAGCAGGAUUAGGCUCUUCGGCUGGUGAUGCUGCUAUGGUUUCGCCGCAGACACAGCCUGGGACGCCGUUUCGACCAAAUGGAGAGAUGCACCGAUAA